AAACUUGUUUAUGAUGGGUCAUUGUUAUGUACCAUUUUCUUUUAUUGUUCUAUUUUGAUGGGACUUCCCUUGUUCCCGUUUUCAUGAUUUGUCAUUAUUAUUAAUAUCUAGAAUUCUAGGGCCCAACUUUUUAUUAUAUAUAACCUUUAAAUUUAGGGAUCUGAAAUUUUUUGGUCAUGUAAUGAUGGUUAUCAUUCAAGGUUCAUGAGAAUGAAACAAUGCACUACAUUAUAUAGGCUUAAUGCGAAAGAUAAUUUCAGAUUUCAGAGGAAAUAGAUGUUGUAGAGAUGGAGGAAAUUAUAUAUAAAUUUUGGUUUAGUCUUUCUUAAAAUAUUUAUUUUAAUCUUUCAGUAUUAUAAAAUUAAUUUUAUUUUAUGACUUCUCCUCAAAUUUUAAUCUAAGUCUUUUUUUAGAGUGAGCCUAGAUUAAUCCUAAAAACUAGCUCAACGGAUCCGAUGAGGAAUAUCUCAUACUUAUAUAAUUAUCUAAAAAAUUUAUUCCUGAGAGAUAUAAGAGUUAUAAUAGUUAGCAGUAGUAUAGCAUGUUAUUGUUAUUUAAAGACUUGUUAUUCUAAUUUAAUAAUUUUUUUUUAGCUUGUUUCAUCUCAUGAUGCAAAUGAUGACUCAGUCUCAGGUAUCUUUUACAUGCAGUGCAAGAUCUGAUGAGACUAUUCUAGUCUAGAAUCAUCGGAUCCACCGAAGUCAUCAAUCAAUCUUGGGGACGUUCUUUGAUUGAUACCAAAAAAAAAAAAAAAUGGAAGGUGAGCAGCAGCAAAGAUCAAAACUGAAUAAAGCUAAGCAGAUUGUGAGGCUAAGGGGAAUGCUUCGUAGAUGGCACAGUUUCUCAUCCUCAUCGUCAACCUCAAUCUCAUCAUCACCAAACAUUUCAAGUAGCCCCAAUUACAACAUGAUUGACAAUUCUGAUUACCAAGAACCUACAAGUGAUGAUGAUCCAACCUCAAAGAGGGCAGCGUGUAAUUGUAACUUGGAUGAAGAGGAUCACAAAUGCGAGAGCCCCGAGCCCCCUCCCGAUGUUCCGAAAGGGUACUUGGCAGUUUAUGUUGGGAGUGAGCUUCGGAGAUUCAUCAUUCCAACUAGCUACCUUACUCAUUCUCUCUUCAAGUUAUUGCUUGAGAAGGCUGAAGAUGAGUUUGGAUUUAGCCAUAAUGGUGCUCUCACUAUUCCUUGUGAGACUGAGACCUUCAAGUAUCUCCUCAGAUGCAUAGAGACCAACUACGACACCCAUCAAGGUAGCUCCUCUGGAAAUAUAGGAACUUCGGAAGCAUAACUAGUGAUUCUGAUCUUCCUAGAAGUCCAAUCAAAUCAUAAGGCUCAUUAGACUAGGUGUAAAUCUCCUAGAAACUACAUCAUAACUACCCUUACAAGUUACAAGAACUUAACCUUGGUGGUGUGUAAAUAAGAACUUUCAUGUGUUUU